UAUAAUUCUUGUCUAGAGGGGAUCUUUAAGAAAAUCAUCUUCUUCUGCCACUGGCUGUUUCCUCGACAACUUAAAUAAGUCCUCAUGCUCUUAUGAAAAACUAAUCUGGAACCGGUCGGAAAGUGGGCGGUGCCGUGGGACAUCAGCCAAUCAGCGUGAGGUCCGUCAAUGGGAUAACUGGCACGUUACGUGGAAAUUGCGGUCGCUGUAUUCUUGAGGUUGUGUUUACUUUGUCCGCUGGCAGUUUUCGCGCUUCAGUCUGACAGAACUCCGUCAGCCCUCGGUAUAAAUGAGCCGCUUGCAGCUGCUCGGCCUCCGCAGCGCUCAUGAGUCAGACGUCCUCUGAAAGGACCGGCAUGAAACUGCUGGAUGAGCGGGUCUGGUCGCUGUUUAGGCGACGCUGGCAGCGCACUCUCACCUAUUGGAGCGUGUUCUUUAGCUUCGGCCUCUGCAUCGCAUUCCUGGGACCCACCAUCCUGGACCUGAGAUGUCAGACCCAGUCCACCCUGCAGCAGAUCACCUGGGUCUUCUUCAUCCAGCAGUUCUUCCUGCUGGUGGGCAGCAGCCUGGGAGGUAUCUUCAAGAAAACACUGCUGUCCUCCUUGUCAGCCCUCUUCUCCUGCACUCUCAUCAUCUCACUUGUGUUUGCCUUCAUACCGCUCUGUAACCACAUUGCAAUGUUGUCCAUCGCCAUGGCGAUUGCUGGCAAUGCCAUGGGGGUGAUUGACACCAUCGCCAACCUACAGCUGGUGAAUCUGUACCAGAAGGACUCCGCCACCUUCCUGCAGGCCUUACAUUUCUUCAUCGGCCUGGGAGCACUGGUCAGUCCCCUGGUGGCUGAUCCUUUUCUUUCAGAUGACAGCUGUGUUCUGGGCACCAACUGGACCUCCAACUCCUCCUCGGACUUAGAGCAUCUUCGCAGUAGUAUGGCCGGGCAUGGAACAAUGCUACACAACAUCUCCCAGUAUCCUCUGCACACCGAGGGCGUAGUUGUCACCAGGGUGUCGUAUGCUUUCUGGAUCAUGGCUAUUAUCAAUCUCCCUGUGCCAGCAGGAGUGCUCGUACUAAUGUACCACGAGAGGCUGCUGCCCUGCUUCCACAACAGUCCACGUCUGCUUGGUGGAAACUCUCUGCCCAGCGUAAGCUCCACCGGGGACAUUGAUCAAGGCCAUGGGAGUUUGUUUGUGUGCUGUAACCCCGUCAAACUCCGGGGUCGUCCCGCCACUUUCUUCAUGCUCCAUGCUCUGGGUGGGGCCAUCCUCUUCAUCACUGAUGGGAUUAUAGGCUCCUACGCCGGCUUCGUCUACACGUACGCAGUGUCUCCUCCUCUGCUGAUGGGUCACAAAGCCGCUGGAUGUCUGGACAGUGUAUUCUGGGCCGCCAUCACAGUAGGAAGACUGGCAUUCAUCUACCUGUCCUACAGAUACAGCGCGUCCAGGCUGCUCACUUUCUGUCUGGCAGGGGUCAUACUGGUUCAGUGCCUGUUGUUGAUCUUCUACACCAGCUGCGUGUUCCUCUUCAUCGGUACGUGCAUGUUGGGGCUGUGCAUCAGCAGCGUGUUCCCCUCCAUGCUGGCCUUUACGGAGGACAUACUGGACUACAAAGGUUGUGCCACAACUGUCCUGGUAACGAGUGCCAGCACGGGAGAGAUGGUGCUGCAACUGCUCGUCGGAUCUGUGAUCCAAAUUCAGGGCAGCUAUGCUUUCCUGUUGUGUUGUACAGUAGCGUCAAUCGUCAGUUUUUGCCUGUUCCUGAUGUUCCGCUUUGUGCAGCACAUCCACAGAAACUGAAACACAGGUUCACCUAAAAACACAGAAAUGGAAGAGGGGACAAAACACAAGACAGUCCUGAUCUGAGUGUCCCUGAGAGACUAACCAGAGGACAGAAAUCACAGGGUGCCUCUGCUGAGGUCGGUGGCAAGGCAGCAUGGGAAGACUGAUCUGACCUCGUACCCCGGUGAGCUUUCUCCUGGCCUCUGGAGAGAGAGAACGUAUUUCUGGACCUACAGAGACGUCUGCUUUCAAGCCUGAUGAUCAACCAGCAGCUCAGUGGACGGCCAGCGCUUCACUUGAUUUAGUUUUGGGCGCAAUCGUCUCCUCCAGCAUUCCUUCUGUAGCUGGAUUUAAAAGACACUCCUGUGAUUUAAGCUUUUCAGCGUGGAUCAGAAUGAACUGUGGAGGUUAAACUGUUAUUUAUGUCACAGCUGCAACAUAUUAGGUUACUACUGAUAAAAUAUGACUCAUAUGAGCCUGUGUAAGUACUUCUGUUGUAAUUUCCUGGUGGUUGAAUGGACAUAUAACACAUGAUGUAUGACGCAAUACAGAGACGCAGUUAGAGAUCUUUUAUUA